AUGGAGAAUGAUAGGACAGGAUAUAUUCCGGGGGUACCCUAUAGGACUGACCUUGAGUUAGCUAAAUAUGACGCCGAGUCAUACAAAUCUGACAUCGAGUCAUCAAAAUCUGAUGUCGAUUCAUUAAAAUCUGACAUCGAGUCAUCAAAAUCUGACAUCGAGUCAUCCAAAUCUGAUGUUGAUUCAUCCAAAUGUGACAUCGACUCACCCAAAUGUGACAUCGAGUCAUCCAAAUCUGACAUCGAGUCAUCCAAAUCUGAUGUUGAUUCAUCCAAAUGUGACAUCGACUCACCCAAAUGUGACAUCGAGUCAUCCAAAUCUGACAUCGAGUCAUCCAAAUCUGAUGUUGAUUCAUCCAAAUGUGACAUCAUCACCCAAAUGUGA